AUGUCAACCCCUCAUGGUUUUCUGCAAUUAACGAUCUUAGAAAGUUCCAGCAAUUACUUUAUUUACUUUCCUGUCGAAAAAGACAAGGGCAAAGACAUAAGACGACUCAUAGCAUUCAAAGAGUCGGAGGUUAAACUUGGAAUAGCUGAUCAUGUUACACCGGAACCUGGCGAGAGAUUCAAAUGUUUGAUCAAAGUCGGUACCAAAUCCGAGCAUUUAAUGCAUGAAAGGGAAAAUUACAGAAAAUACUUUUUUGAAAGACACCAACCUAAGAACAAAAUGAAUCAUAUGAUGAAUGUCUGGGCGUCGAAAGGCUGGGUUUUUGAUAUUAAAGGCAAACCUCUGCCAUCUUCUCUCUCAGGUCCGCCUGAACAAUCAAAGGAAAAACGUCUACCAUCUUCUCUUCCAGCUCCAUCUAAUCAGUCAGGGACCAAUACGGACGCGCCGAAAAACCCUAAAGAGAAGAAAAAGCUUUUUGGCAAUACUUUCCCAUCAAAAGAAGAAAUAGCCCAGUGGAAGGCGUCGAAUAAAGCUAGCGAUAGUAAGCCCGCCUCUGACCCUCUUCCAAAUUCGUCCAACCCGACGAUCACCGAUGGCAAAAGUAAGCUAAAUUUUAAGAUACCUUCCGAGGAGGAGUCACUAUUCGUCUCUGAAGGCGAAGAUACGGAUUGGAAGUCUGCAGCAGGUGACAGGGCGAAAAAGGCGAGGGAAGAAAGAGAUAGAGCAGCGCAGGGGAAAAAGCCAAUCAGGAAUCCUCCAACGGAGAAAUCGUUUUCGUCGGACGAAGAUAAUGAUUCCCCACCUUUCAAACCGCGCUCUAGACCAAGCACCACAAGGACAGGCAAAACUCGAGAACCUACUAAGCCUACCAAGAAGAUGACGACGAAUACUAAUCCAGUGGGCGACAAUUCCAAUGCAGGCGAGGGAGGCAGAACCGCAAAGGCGCAUGAACGUCGUCGCAGUAGGAGUCCUGAUAGAAGCCUCAAAAAGCCCGCAGUUCUGCAUCAAAGGGGAGAGAGUACCCAUGCUUCCUCUCAUACAAAGAAAGGAGUAGCAGUAAAAAUAGGAAGCAGUAGCCACAACAAAAGCGUAGGUAAAAGUGAAUCAGGGAGAGAAACUAGGGUUAAGAAGAUGAAGGAUCCAAACCCACCACCAACACUAAUGCAAAUAGCUGAUAUGGACUUGGACGAUGCCGAAAACGAGUGGGCAAAGAAACAUAGGACGCCAUUUUAG